GGGAAAACGAACAUACUCAAUUCCAGGUUAUUGCUAAGCCAAGAUUGACAAUUAUUUUGAUAAUUUAAUUUUAAAAAGUAGACCAAUUAUAAGUCGAUGAUGGAUUAUCCGGACCCCGAUGAGGAAUUUGAAUUAGCUCAUGCAGCUGAAAUUGAAAUGAUGAAUGAAAUGGAUGAUUUUGAACCUCCAUCAUCUAGUUUAACUUUGAAAAAAUCCAAAAGAAGUCUUGACUUUAAUCAGUGCACUACUCCUAAAUCUAUUUCUUCUCCUGUUGCUGGCACAUCUAAUCUCUCAGAAGCAUUGAUUGGUUCUCCACCCCUUAAAGAAAACAAGAAUCUUUAUAAUACUCCUGAUGGGUGCAUUCCAUUGGAUGAAACCUGCAAUAAAAGAACAGUCGAUGAUCUAUUUGGUGAUAUAGAAGACAUUGAAAUGGAAGAAAGGUUACCUAAAAAGCAGAAGAUCUUAAGUUUGGAUGAAAAACAGGAGCGUACAAUUACCAACAUAAUUCUCCAAAGAAAAGAAUUAUUAGAACAAAGAAGAAAUUUUUCGAGCACCUUAUCGAGAAAUAUUUUUCAGAAGGACUUAAAAGAUUGCAUAUCAAGAAGUGUACCUGAAUGGCCUUUCGUUGCAGUCAGAGGUGCUGAAAGACACAAUAUUUAUCUUCGUUAUUAUUCAAAAGAGGAAAUGGAAGAUCAGAUCAAAUCUGUGACUUUGAAAUCAAGUAGAACUGGACUACUUCAAGUACCUUAUGCUGUACUUUACAAAGAGGCUGUUGAAGAGAUGAAUAAAAAAAAUGAAGCAAUUGAGAAGCAAAUGAACAAGGAGAACAUUAAUGAAUUAAAAAAAGAAGAAAGUUCGCUUUUAGUUGAAAAAUAUAAACCCAGAACUUAUUUAGAACUUCUUAGUGAUGAGUCUACCAAUCGAACGCUCUUAUGCUGGUUAAAACUUUGGGAUAAGGUGGUUUUCAAUAGGGAGCCGAAGUUCCUUAAUAAGAAAAUAAAGACUGAUUUUAUUAAUAAAAAUAAUGAUAAACUUGAAGAACUCGAUGAUACCGGUAGGCCUAAGUAUAAAAUUGCACUGCUUUGUGGUCCUCCAGGCUUGGGGAAAACAACACUGGCUCACACAAUUGCUAAACAAGCUGGUUAUAAUGUUGUAGAAGUGAAUGCUAGUGAUGAUAGGAGUGCAGAUGCUUUUAGAACACAAUUAGAAGCUGCUACACAAAUGCGUUCAGUAAUGUCUGCAGACCCCCGCCCGAAUUGUCUUGUGUUAGAUGAAAUUGAUGGCGCUCCACAGGCUGCAAUAGACGUUCUUAUAAAAUUUGUGACAGAUAAAGGUGAAAAGAAAAAAGGAAAGAAAAAGGGUGGAGGAAUUGUAAAAAGACCAGUUAUUUGCAUUUGUAAUGACAUUUAUGUUCCAGCAUUGAGACCUUUGAGGCAGAUUGCAUUUACUCUUCAUUUUCCACCAACUGCAACAGCAAGGCUUGGAGAAAGGCUAAUUGAAAUAUGUAAGAAAGAAUUUAUAAAAAGCGAUCUAGGGACUAUGAUGGCACUUAGUGAAAAAACUAACAAUGAUAUUCGUUCAUGCCUCUCACUUCUUGCCAUGUUGAAGGCAAAAGGUGAUCGUGUUACCCUAAGUCAAGUCAGUAGUGCAAAAUUAGGUACAAAAGAUCGCCAACAAGGUCUGUUUUCAGUAUGGCAGAGUAUAUUCCACAUUCCUAUAAAAAAAAAAGCACACACUGUUCAUUCUAAGAGUUCCGAUUCAGCUGAAAAAUGUAGUGACUCCUCUGUGAAAAAUAGGUUUCUAAAUGUGUUGCGGAUUGUGCAAAGUUAUGGAGAUUAUGAUCGUUUAGCUUCAGGAGUGUUUGAGAAUUACCUUACCAUCAAGCCUCAUGAAGGUUCAAUAAAGCCUAAAAAAUGGGCCAAUGAUUGUAAUAAUUGAAAUUGAGAGGAGGAACAAACAUUCUAUGACUUCUAAUAUGUAUCACUGAUAUGUCAGAAAUGAAAUGAGAUAGUUUUCUAUUAUUAGUUGGAAGAGAUUAGGAUUUCAUGAUGCUACCAGACUGACUAUGUGAUAAUAGUACUUCAAAAUGUACAUUAUCUUUGCUCAUAUUGACAUAAACUCUGAUCAUGGCUGCUGUGACACUUGACCUACAAAUAAAAUUUAUCCUGAAAAAAAUUGCGAGACAAAAAAACCAAGUGAGGGAGCAGCCAUUUCUUACAGAAGUGAAAAUAUGCAACGGUUUCAGGUUUUUAGUGACCAUUGCAUUAAUUAACAUAGCGCCUGAAAAAGUUAAAUGUUCUUAUAGUUGAUCUGAGAAUGUAAAUAUUAUAAUUCAUUGCGGGGAGAACAUUUAUAUUAUAAGUUAAGACUGUUCCAAAAGUCUUUCUUUGUUCAAGAGAAUAUUAUUCCAAUGAAAUGAAUGGGUGAUCAUAAAAUAUUCGAAGACAAGGGGGAUAUUCUAUUGCGCAAAAUGUGAGAAAAUUGUAUUCAAAAAAGAAAAACAGGA